AUGACUGGUGGUGUUCACGUCAAAACAGCUGCUGCUGUCCGCACCGCCGUGCUGUGGGUGUCGCUCUGUAUGCUUCUGCAGCACCUGGGCCACCACCCGCAGUUCACGGCAGAGGCGGAGGGAAUUGUUCAGGUUAACAUUGUGCGGUAUUUAACGCUUCCUAACAGUGUAUUCGCUAAUCUACCCGGUCAGACGGUCAAUUACGGUAAUUCUUUGACAGCGUGUAAUAUAAAUUGGGGAUUUCUCGUGGCUGCUCAGUCAACUGCUGCAAAAAAUGCCAUUACUGCCCAACUGAAGGGUGGGCAAAACAUGGGCUACCCUGUAGCACUCAUUUACAUGGGUGGG